GCGUACGCCGAACCGCGCGGCCCGAACCCUCUCCGGAACGGUCCGCCGAAUUAGCGGGGUUUUCGCCCUAAAACCGGGCCGGCGAAACUCGCGCGCGCGGAAAGUAGAGGUCGAGUUCCCGGUAAGAGUGGCAUUUUGACGUCACCGUCGCGCGCUGAUUCCCGUUCACCGACGUCACCGUUAGCACGUGCUCCGAGCGGUAGCCAAUGAGAGACGACCAGUUUCUAAAGACCAGGAGACUGGCGAAGGCACGUGCUAGAAUGGACUCGGAGCCGCGACUGUCAAAGGUCUAUUUGUUCGUCUGACUGCGACAAAUGCGCCAGCGCUGGUUUCUCCCCGGCAUCGAAGCUCCCGGGAUUCUCGCUCCAUAAUCCCAGACGACGCGCCUCCCGCCCAUGGAACGCCUCUGACUUCAAACGGUAUGGAGACCAACAUCACCCUGUGGCAGUUUCUGCUGGAGCUUCUGCUCAGCAACCAGUACAAUCACAUCAUCACGUGGACCAACAGCGAAGGAGAGUUCAAGCUGAUCAACGCCGAGGAAGUGGCCCGGUUGUGGGGCCUGAGAAAGAACAAGCUCAACAUGAACUACGACAAACUGAGUCGCGCCCUCAGGUAUUACUACGACAAAAACAUUAUCAAGAAGGUCUUGGGACAGAAGUUCGUCUACCGAUUCGUCAGCUUUCCGGAAAUCGUCAAAAUGGAAAACAAGAUCCCCUUCCACGUCAAAAUGGAGAGCAUCAGCAAGACGGGAGGGGUCUAUCAGCGAACGCAUCCCGGUGACGCUUUCGUUCUGACUCGACAGCCCCUGGCUUCGCCCGAAACGCCCACCGCGGACGACAAGGGUUCUCCGGAAUCCCCGCUCAAGAGCAGAGAGCUCAAGAGGGCGCUGGCGGACGACGAAUCGCUUCCCGCCAGUCCCACUUCCACUUGCAGUUCCAGCAAGCGCCCCAAGACGGACGGCGACAGCGAUUCCUGCCCCUCUCCGGCUCCCUCCGUCUCGUCUUCGGGCUCCAAAUCCAAGUGCAAACCUCCUCCCCUGUCGUCGGUCGGGUCCUCUUCCCUUCUGGGCCCCACCUCUUCCUCCUCGGUCUUUCCUCCUUCUCUUCAGACGCCCAUCGUCACCUUCGCCAGCCCCUUCCUGGGCCAGAACAAGACCCCCAUCAUGACUCUGCCGUUGUGGAAUCCGUUCGGACUGCGCAGUCCACGUUUCUCCGCCGGCCACUUCCAGUUUCCGUCUCCCUGUCCGGAGCUGGGCUUCGCGCCCUAUCUGGGUCCCCCCUUCUCGCCUUUCGCCCCGCAGCUGCUGCUGUCGCCCACCAAGUCCAUCCCGGUGCUGGAGUAAGGGAGCGGGAGGACUCACGACGGUAGAAGACGUCUCCUUCUACGUAAAUCCACCAAAGGACCGUCCCGAGUCGGGAUAUAAACACCAGUCUUCCGUACUUGGCUCCACUCUUCCAUCUAUUCGGACACGUCGUAACGAUGGCAUUUUCCAAAGAGUUAUUAUCGAAUAUAGGCACACGUAGAGUGUUUUGUAUACAUAAUUAGUGUAUAUAGUUCUUAGAUAUAUAUUAGAGAAUAUAGGACAACCUCGGUGGAACCACCUCCUUCCACUCCGCUCAAUAUGUGGUUUGACCACGUGCCAAGCGGUCGUCCCGAUCGCUCGUUCUGUAUCGAUUCAAAUCUUAGUAUAUUUUUUGUACAGCAAUAAAAUGAUUCUACCAUUUACCAUA